AAGCAGCGACCAGCUUAUUUGGCAACCGGAGAGGCAGCGGGCAGGGCUGCGAAGGGAUCUCCGGGAAUCCUUAGAAGACUUACAGGGUAAAUAAACUAAACCUCAGCGCGCGGAGGUCCCAGGAAAGGCGGCUAGUGAGCAUCUCCCCUUCUCAGAGCAAAGAUGUCUGAGGAGGCGGUGCGCCAGACACGAAGCCAGAAGAGGGCACUGGAGCGGGAGGCACCAGCCCUCGAUGGAGACACGAAACGAGUGAAGCUGGAAAGAGGGGACCUCGGUUCUAGCAAAGUGGCAAACAUCCUGAAGGCCGGGGAGGUGAAAGCUACCAUCAAAGUGGAAGUGCAGGCAGACGAUGAGCCUGUGGACAUGAGGACACCCCGCAGUGAAAUAAAAAAAGAAAGGCCACCGACACCAGAUGACGUAAUUGUUUUAUCAGACAACGAGCCGGGCAGUCCACAAAUAAAUGGAAUCGGCCACAGCUUGAAGAAAACCGAUACAGAGAUGCUCAUGAAGAGUAGUCCUGAAGAGCGCCAGAGGUUCAUCAAGCAGCUAAAGGAGGAGCUGCGUCUGCAAGAGGCCAAGCUGGUGCUGCUCAAAAAACUUCGUCAGAGCCAGAUCCAGAAAGAGAGUGUGGUGCAGAAGACAACCAAUUCCACAUCUAAUCCUCCACCUCUUGUAAGAGGCAGCAUUUCAUCCAAUAAAGCCCCGCUGCAGGUGUCAUCUAAUAGAAGCUCAGGCACGGUCAUUCCUCCUCCUCUUGUUCGUGGUGUUGCACAGGUUUCCAAGCAUACGUCAAUAGCGAUGCCACCGUUGGUCAGAGGCUCACAGCCCAUUGCUGUGACUCCUCAGCAGAUAGCCACUUUGCGGCAGCAGCAUGCAGGCUCCGGUCCUCCACCUCUACUGCUGGGUCCUCGCACCUCUGUGCCCAAUGUUCAGGUGCAGGGUCAGAGGAUCAUCCAGCAGGGCCUGAUUCGCGUGGCCAAUGUAGCCAACACCAAUGUCCUGGUCAACAUCCCACAGGGCUCACCCACUGGGUUGAAGGGCUCUUCAGUCUCCUCCCAGUCAAGCAUUGGCACCAAUGCCUCCUCAGUCAAUGCCAGUGAUUCCCCUGCCAGCCGGCAGGCUGCCGCCAAGCUGGCCCUGCGGAAGCAGCUGGAAAAAACCCUGCUGGAGAUCCCUCCUCCAAAACCACCAGCACCAGAGCUCAACUUCCUACCCUCAGCUGCCAACAAUGAGUUUAUCUACCUGGUGGGACUGGAGAUGGUGGUGCAGAACCUGCUGGAUUUAGCCAAAAGCAAACAAAAAACUCAACAGGACAGCCCCUCAGUAGCUUCACCUGUGAAGGAGCCAUUUACGUGUGCACAGUGCCACACAGACUUCACUUCACGCUGGAGGCAGGACAAGAGUAACAGUUCAAUCUUGUGUGAGCAGUGUAUGAGUUCCAACCAAAAGAAGGCCCUGAAAGCCGAGCACACGAACCGGCUUAAGGCAGCCUUUGUCAAGGCCUUGCAGCAGGAGCAGGAGAUUGAGCAGCGCAUCCUUCAGCAGUCUUCCUCUUCCUCUCCAAAGAGCUCAGCAGGCUCCUCGUCUUCGUCGUCCUCACCUGUGGUGAAGUCGGAGCAGCAUGUGCUGGUGUCUUCACAGUAUAAAACAGGACAAUCCUCGCUGUCAAACAGGGCAACAGCAGUCAAUCGCUACCACUCCAGCACCAUCAAGCAGAGUUCAGGACAGGUGGUGCGUAAUAUGCCCCAAGCGGUGGUCAGCGUGAAUUCACGUGGCAUGAGCCGCAGCUUCUCCACGUCCAGUCAGCUGCAGAAUGCAGUCACGGCCGCCGCGCUGGUCAGCAGGCCAGGUAAGCAUGCUGGGAGGGCUGGGCCAAAUAGCAGCAGCAGCAGAGCCACCAGCAGCAGCAGUAAGGCCACCACCAAUGUCUGGAGGAAACAGAGCACUUCCACAGGUGUCACUAUGGCCUAUGUCAACCCAAGUCUGUCCGUACUCAAGACAACCUCGCCAGCAGAUCGUCAGCGGGAGUAUCUGCUCGACAUGAUCCCGUCCCGCUCCAUCUCCCAGACGACAAAUAAUUGGAAAUAAUUCUUCCCUCCAUCACCACUGCCCCUUCACUGAUCUCUCUUUAUAAAAUCAUGGACACUAGUUGGAUAUUAAUAUCAGAUAACCAGCUACCAAGCAAUAAAAGCAUUUCUCUCUGUUUGCUGGGGUCCUCUUGUCCAAUCAGAAAUGAUCCUCCGAGACAGAGAGUGGGUGGAGUCCUGAGAGACUGGGUGAAGGAUGAGAUUUAACAGAGAGCGAGCGUAUCAGACCUUUGGAACAGGCUUUGUGUGUAUCAGGCCUGUUUAUAUGCCCCGUUGGGUGCAGUGAUUCUGCCACAUCCACACUGGUGAUGUCUGUCACUCACUGGUCUCCUUCAUCUCGAUGUUUGUGUUUCUGCUGCUGAUGGGAUGCUUUUGGUAUACACGGUGAAUAGUUAACCCCUCCAUUUUAGCAAAUAUGUCGACUUCAUUCUGACGAAGUGGAGGUACCCAGGCUGCACAGGAAGCCAGGAAGAUUUUUUUUUUUUUUUUUUUUUUUAAACUGUGAGGACCAUUUAAGAAUGCUUCAGCUUUGUAAAACAUAGAUUUUCAGUGUGGUUCACACAAGCCAUCUCAUAAACUAUGCUAUGAGAGUGUAAAAUACAUAAUUCUGAUGUUUUUUUUUUUUUUUUUGGACUUACUCUCCCCCUUUGAGGUGUCCUUUUUUGAGGGCUGACAUGUAAAAGGUAUUGUACUGUUAAGGUGGUUUUACAUCUGCCAGUUUAGUGUGUAUUUUUAAAUGCUAAAAUAAGCUUAAAAUGGAAAAAAAAAAGUAUCGAGUUUUUGGGGGGAGGCAUGGUUACUGAACUGCCACAAUGGGACUACUAUUUGUAUUUUGUUUUGUUUGAAUAUUUGUGUCCCCUUUUCAGCUCUUCUUGAAAUUGUGGACAUUCUCAUGAUUUUCUAGAGGAAAGGGGACAGGGUUGGGACUUUCAGAGCUUUUGGUUAAGUGUGUGGUGUUUUUUUUUUUUUUUUUUUUUCUUUCUUUCAUUAUUUCUUUUUAAUGCUUUUAGGUUAUGUUUGUAAAUGGGGAUAUUUAAAACAUGGGUGCGCUUCACUUUAAAUGAAGGAUAAUUCAGUGGCCUAGACUGUUUGAACUACUUGAUCAUCGUAUAGUUUUCUGUAAGAAGUUUCAAACAUUCAGUUGAACAACAACAGGAACGCCUGGAAUGUCUUUGUAUAAACGUGUCAGAAUCUGAUUUGGCUGUAGUUCGGUGUUUAAUGCUAGCAGCAUUGUGCACUAAAGCACACAUUGGUUUUUGCUUAUUAGAGAUAAUAAGCAAUUGUCUUAUGUAACACUGGUCAAAUGUAGGACUGAACGUAAAAAAAAAAAAAUAUAUAUAUAUAUAUAUAAUUCAAUCCUAAAAUUAUGGACUUUUUUCCCCCCACUCCUGUUGCUUUUAAACUGCAUUAGUUGCUGGUAGUGUUCCUGGGAUUUCAGUUAAGCUGGAGGGACCGGUAGUUCAUGAUCAACCAUUUUACCUCCACCUCACUCCUCUUAAAGCCUGUAAAUUAAUACUCACAGCCAAGAUUUAGUCAGCUUAUAGCCCUCAUGAACACAUGGAGGUGGAGUUCUUACUGUUCAUAAGCUCUUCUCUCAGGGUCUGAGCUGCCUAUGGAGUAAGGAGGCCUGUAUCAGACUGUGUUUCUGACUACUGCCUGCUGCUGCUGAGAGCUAGCACCAUUCCAUUGUCCAGGGAUGCCACUACUGUACGCAUCCCUUUUCUGAAUUGUACAAAAAAAAUCCCCCAUUUUCAUUUAUUUUUGGUCUGUCAGUUAAUGAUUACAAUAAAAACUAAAUUUGA